AGUAACACGUGGUUUUGAUAACCUUUCUUCUCUGUUUCAGAAUUGUCCUUUCCGUAAGGCAUUAGUCUUUUGUCCGAUAUAUGAUUAAAGGAUCGUGAAGAUGUCGCGCUCCGUGAAAGAUUCAGACGAUGACUAUGAGCCAAAACCAUCUAUUGGUCGUAUGCAGACUCGAAUGCUUACUGUACAAUCGGUGAAUUCUCCAUUACGCCGAAGCAGCAGAAUAAAACAGAAUAAAUGUUCGCCAGGUUCUGAAAGUGAUAGUAGUAUCAGCAGUACUCAAACAACUCGGAGUGCUAGAACACGAACAACAAUGGAUUCCACUGUCUCAGAUACAACGAAGAAGCUACGUACUAGAAAGCAUUCCAUUUCUUCAGAAAUUAGUGAAAUUGACAUUGAUGUCAUUUCACAAACACCUGUAAAACGAACUACAAGACAAAGUUUAGGUGCUACAAGUCUUGUUAGCACACCAACUAGAGUUAAUACUCGAGCAACCAGUAAGCGUUUUAUGCGUGCUGGUUCCGAGACAAAAUCACCAUUGCCAGCAACUAGACUUACACGUACAACAAGAGCAAGGUCUAUCGAUCCAGAAUCUUUGACUGAAAAUAAGAACCAAUCUAGUUCACCAAUCAAGACACGUAGGCGAACAUCUGUGUUGCCAUCGAGUUCUCAGAUUAAAGAACAAAUUGAACCGAAUGAUCGUAUACUUUAUGUACGAUUGGAUUCUACAAUAGUUGAAACUGAUGAAAUUACAAAUUCCGGAAAUUCAGAUUCUUCGCCAGAUAAACAAUUACAACGCUUACAUCAAAUUAAAAGAAAACUUCAAAAUGUAGUUAAGGAUAAAGUUGAAGAAGAUUAUAGUCAUGAAAAUGUAGAGACUUCGAUUGAUUUGUCAAAAUCUGAUGAAACACUUCAACUGUCAGAGAAAAAGGAUGCAAUACAAAUCGAGGAUAUUACUAGAGAAACAGGGAAGAACAUAGAGAAUACUCUUGAUAAAGAGCAAAAGAAGUUUGAAGAAACUCCACCAUCCGACAAGAGUAUAAUCGAAGAAUUCUCUUCCUAUUCUUCUCCAAAUCAUCGAAAUUCCGCAAAAGAAGACACAAAAAUUGUUGAAAAUCUUUCAGAUAUAGAAAAAUCAUUACUCGACAUAUGUGGAUCAAAUAAAGAAAUGGAGGUUAUGCCCGAAAACUUAUCAGGUACUUCUCUUGAGGAGGAAAAAAGUAAUAAGGAAAAUCAAAUGCUGAAUAUUAUUAGUGAUGUAGCAGAAAAGCUUGUGCAGCCUAAGCCGGCAUCUUCUAUCAAAUCUUUUACUUCAUCUUUUAUGGGUGAAUUAUUAAGUGAAAAGGAAACUAAAUCUAUGAAAAAGGAAGUACACUUAAAUAAGAGCCUUCGCUCAAGAGAAUCGACAGAAGUUGCAAUUAAAUAUAGUAAUCUGUCAGAAGAAACUAUUGAUAACUCUCAAGAAAAAAUGGAUAUUUCUAUAGAAUCUAGAAAUUCAAGUGCUUCAGAUAAAAUCAUUUUGUUACAUGAAAGUAUAGAAGUAGUUGAUAAAGUUACUAACAAAGAUGAAAUAUCUACUGAAAAUAUAUCUGCUUAUAAUGAGAAUGCAACGGAAAUAAUUAACGAAUUAGAGAAAACUGAUACGAAAGAAUGUACUAUCACAAAUAACAAAAAUUCUAACAAAAGUGAGUCAAAUGAAGUAGAUAAAACAUCGCGUUUAUCUAUAAAUCUAGUUAAGUCAAAGCAGACAAGUGAUAGUAGAGAAAAUCUCACUUCUAUUCUAAUUACGGAUGAUAACGAAAUAAAAUUAGUGUUAGAAGAACAAAGUUGUAAUGAUAACGAAGUUUCGCCAAACGUAGUACACUCUAAACUUGAUCAAUUAGUAGAUUUACAAAUAUCGUCACCAAUUAAUAAAACUUCUACUGACUCAGCUACUGUAAUAGAUAAACAAUCAGCUUUAACUCAAGAUAAGAUAAUAGUAAUUGAUAGUUCUGAUUCUAUAGAACAAGAAGAGGAAAAUUUAUUGAAACAAGAAACAGAGUCGAUAUCCCAAUCUUCUAUUAUUGUCCUGGAGACAAAUAAUUCCGCAAGUAAUGAUUCGAAUAUAGUAAUUCAAGAUAAUCAACUUACUGAUGUGAUAGAAGCAUCUAAAAAAUCUACAAUGGAUAUAUCAUUUGAGAAAACAGUUUCAAAAGAUGUUUUAUCAGAAAAAGUGAAGUCAAAUUUAAAACGGAAAAGUACAGAUAAUUUGGAGGGAGAAAAGGAAAGUUUACAAAUGGAAAGGACUCAAAAGGAUCGAGAAAAUGUAAAUGUCGUUGAUGAUGUUUCUGAUGUCAAUGUUGGCAUUAAUUUAUUCCAAGAUAUUCCCGCUGACAAAUGGAAGGAGAAAGACGAUGUUAAAACAGAUUCAGUACAGUCUACCUCCCAAUUAGUGGAAGAGGUGGAAAAAGAAAAUGAAGCUGAAUACGAUCUUAUCUUGGUGGACAAACAAGCAUGGUUGGCAGCUGAAACCAUAAAAGCGGCAAAAGAAGCAGAAUCUUUUGAAUACGAUUCCGAUGACACUGUAUUAUUAAAGAGUCGGUUAGAUUCGCUCACGUCACAACCGAAUUAUGAUAUUGAACAAUUAGCUACCGUAGAUGAAGAACUUACAUUGGAUAUUGAUGCUAAUGAAAAAAACGAAAAACAAAUAAAAAAACGAAAAUCAAGAACUAAAAAGAGACUUGUAUCCGAAAUAGAUGAAGAUAUUUCUAGAUAUACAGAAGAUGAGAAUUUAAUUCCUGUUGAUAAAUCUUUAAAUGAAUCCAAAAUAGCUUUAAAUCGAACUAAUGACCAAUCCAGAUUAAAUAAAUCAGAACAGUCAGAAAAAACAAAAAGACGAUCUUCCAAAACAAAUAAUGAAUUAGAGAAAGAAAUUGAAGAUGAUGCCAAUGAAUUAAAUAGAAGUUCGCUAAUAAGUAAGAACAAUAUAUCUUUACAAAAAUCGACAGGAAAAAGAAUAUCAUUAAACAAAUCUUCGAAAGAUAUAUCUAUGCAAAAUAUUUCUCCAAAUAAAUCUCAAACAGAUAAUUCAGAGAAAGAACUUGAUGACACAACUGCAAGUACUAGGAAAAAAUUAUAUAAGAAAAAACGUUCUUUGGAACAAUCAUGUAAUGAAGAUGCAGAUGAUAAUGCAAUCGAAUCUGAAAAGAAGAAUGUAGCAACUGAAGAUUGCAGUAAAAAGCAUGAAAAUACAUCCUUAAAUCAUUCUACGGAUCAGGAAUCAGAGUCAAUAGAUACUAGGAAAAUAGUACAUUUGAACGAAAGUGACGAUAGUGACAUAGAUGUAAGCAUAGUAGCUAUGGAUCUUGGAUCUAAAACUUCUAUGAUAGCAAAUAUGGGAUCGGAUAGCGAAUGUGAAAUUCCAAGGUACCUAUUUACAAAAGCAAACAGCGGAAGUAAUACUGAUGAUAGUAACGGCUAUUCUGAUAGCCUCAACAGAGAAUAUAAUUUGGAUGGAUUGGAACUUAAGUUUUCUGAUGAUGAUGUAGCUGCUGAUGAAUGUAGGGAUUCAGAAGUAGAAUUUUCAGAUUCUGAUGAUAAUGGUUCAGAUCUUGAAGAUUUUAUAGUUGAUGACAUUGAAAUAGAAAAUGAUGACGAAGAAGAUAGUGAUACUGAAGCAGAAAAUGAGGAAGAAGAAAAUGAUGAAGAUAAUGAUAUUGAAACAGAAAAUGAUGAAGAAGAUAAUAACAUUGAAUCAGAAAAUGACGAAAAAGAUAAUGACACUGAAGAAGAAAAUGCUGAAGAAGAUAAUGACAUUGAAGCAGAAAAUGAUGACAAAGAAGAUAAUGAAGAUGAUAACGCUGUACAAAAAGAAAAAAUGGAAGAUGAAAAAGAGAAAGCGAAUUUUAACAUGGAAUUAAAUAUCGAAAAUAAAGACAAUGAAGAUAUACAGAAAAAAGAUAUAGCAGACAAAGACACAAAUCAAAAUAAAUUCAUCGAAAUGGAAGCUGUUACUUUAUACGCCAGUACCUCUCAUAAACUGCCAAAGAUUCAUGAAAAUAAUAACAAAUCUAUCGAACAUAUUUCACCUUGUAGAAGUGAGACAGAAACAAAACAUAAAAAUGACAUAAAAAUGAAGAAAUCUAAUAUGAAGAAAAAUGAAAAAUCUAUUUUACAAGAUUCAUCAAAUUCAGACUUGUCGAUUAAGAAGAAGAAGAAAAAGAAAUCCCCUGUGAAGGAAAAUGAAACUAUUCCAUUAGAUAUGUGUAACAUAAUCUCUUCAUCACAUAAAAGUAUAUUGGAUCCACAAUGUCCAAAAGAUAGAGCUGAACAACACUUGAGUGAAAAAUUAAAUGAAUUUAAAUCAACAUUUGCAAAAUUGUCGGAAUCACACGCGUUAAUGGAAUUUAGUACCCCAGAUCUUAACAGUAAAAAAUUAGAAUUUGAUAAAACAUUUGAAAGAAUUCCGGAAAAUAAAGCUAAUAAAUCAAACAAUACGAUUAACACAACACAAAAUAUUUCAGUUAAGGAUAAAUCAAAGAAGGAUCUUACAUUAAAUAAAGACAGUUCAAAAAAAUUCAAAGAUGCAAGUAAAAAAAAGAUAUCAAGCGAUCUUUCGCUUUUAUCUGACUUAUUGAAAAAGGUAGAAGGAUUGACAAAUCCUCUGAAAUCACCUAAGAUAGCGUCACGUAAAACAAUGAAUAUAGAUAUCGAAACACCAAGAUUAAAAUAUCUUAGAAAAGAGAAGUUAAACGAAAGUGCGCCAACUAAAUUAGAAUAUAGUACAGAAACUAAUUCAUUACAGAAACAAUUAUCUGCAAAAAAGGAUACUACACAAAUAAGAAUAAAAGAGAAAAAUAAAGAUAAAAUACAUGAUUUGAUAAUACCGUCUAAUGACGAUGUCAUACAAUGUAGUCAAAAGAAACAGAAAAAACGUAAGAGACAAGACUCAGCAAAUAAAAAUAUAAGCGAUGAAGUUUUGUCUGAAAACGUAACAGAAUUAAAUGUUCCUAAAAAGAAGAAGCUUAAGCUAAUUCCAUUAACUGUUGUAGAGGAUAAUAUCCACAAAGAUAUAUGUGAGACUAAUAAGAAAAAGAAGAAAAAAGAUAAAUUAAAGGAAAAUAUCACUGGUAAAGCUAAAAACGCUAUAGAAUUAAAUGUUUCUAAAAAGAAGAAGCCUGUCAAGCUUACUCAAUUACCUACAGUAGAGGACAAUACUCUUGAAGAUAUAUCAUUACUUCAUAAUGAGAAAAAGCUAAAACAAUCGAUAUUAAUGAAAUAUAUCAUCCGUGAAGUUUGGUCUAAAGAUAUAACAAAAUUGAGACCAAAAAAGAAGGAAUAUGAUAAAUUUACCCAAUUACCCGUUGUAGAAGACAAUAUUCGUGAAGAUGUAAGUCAGAUUAAUGAGAGAAAAAAGAAAAAGAAAAAACAAGAUACAUCAAAGGAAAAUGUAAUCGAUAAAUCUUUAUCUACAGAUGUUAUAGAAAUAAAGAUACCUAAAAAGAAGAAACGUGCCAAGCUUGCUCAAUUAUCUAUCGUAGAGGAUGCUAUCGAAGAGGCAUGUCAAAUCGAUAAGAUUAAGAAGAAAAAGAAACAAAUUAAUAUAGUUGAAGAGAAUACAAAUGUAAACAAAGAUAUGCUUCGAAAUAUUCGCGAGAAUAAAACAGAAUUACUACAGCAUAAGAAGAAAAAUAAAGUCAUUAAUAGUUUAGAAUUGGAUUUACUUACAGAUAAACAAGAACAGCAAGUAAAAAAGAAAAUUAAACGACAAGAGACAGUGGAAAGUAUUGAAACUUUGCAAACAGAGAAGAAAAAGAAGAAGAAGAAGAAGAAGAAGAAGGAAGAGGAGGAUACUUUACUAAUACAAAUUCCAGUUUCAAAAAAGUCUGAGAAAAUUUUGCCUAGUAAAUCACGACUACAAAAAACUGCAUUAGGUAUGAGUAAAUUGAAAAAUGUAGCCUAUAACACUAAGGAAUUAGAUGAAACUGAUGCAAAGGUGUGUACUGAAGAAUCGAGAUCCAAGAAGAAACGCAAUCGAAGUGAAGAUGUCGAAAAUGCGAUCUGUAUGAAUAUUCCUAGGAAAUCAAAGAAAGAAAUUAAAGAGAAAAAAUUUUUACUGCCUUCAAGCGGUCUGAAACGACUUGCGGAUGAUGUGAUCGAAAAUCUUGCGGAUGUGCCAACGAAAGCGAAAAAAAGACAGAAAACUUCGCGAGAUAAGGAAAAAAUGGUAUCAACAACGACGGGUAAAGUAAAAGUGAUGACCACUGAUCGCGAUAACACAUUAAAUACUCCUGAUUGCACCACGCAAUUUCAUGUAGUAAAUUUGCAGAAGACUAAAAAACAGCCAUUGAAAGGAGCUGCCGCUGCAGUUUCGUUUAGGGAACGUAUGCUUACUAGAAAUAACAGAGAACCAAUGUCGUCCUAUUUGAUGUUUUGCGAGAAAAUGAGUCAUCCUAAAUAAUAGAUUUUUUAAUAUGUAUUAAAUGUAUGUUAUUUUUAGAUUUUACUGUCCGAAUGUGUGUAUUUCUUUAAUAUUUUCUGAAUUUAAAAGUUAACAAAACUUGUACAAGUUAUUGUGUUUAUAAUUUUGAUUUUUAUUAUUUGACACAUUUCUCGAAAACAAUUCUAUAUCGGAUUUAUUAGGGGAAUAAUUGUAUCUUUUAGUUUUUUGUUUAUCAUUGCACAUUUACUGUAUAUUUCUAUAUGUAAUAAAACUGUUCCAUUU